CCACACCUGAUAGGAUCUAUAGCAUCAGGGAAGAGCUCCUUACAUCACACUGUUGUAUCAGUUGCAAUAGCAGGUACAAUAAAUGCUAGGCCUUCAUCAGGAGAUCCUGGAGAUGUGAGUACUGAUAUUGAAAUGAAGAUGUGAAAUUCUGCUUCUGUUUCUAACUUACAUUCCUUUAUAAGCUCCCAGUGUAAAACUGUACACCUGCAUGAUCCCCAGCUGAGAUCAACUGACGGACAGGACCUGCUGCACCUGUGGCCUCUUCAUGCCAUCAGACAGUCCCAGCCAUGGCAGAAUAUCUCUAGGGAGAAAAGGUGAAGCCAGUUAACACAGGCUGGAGGUUUCACCUUGCACAUACUGAAAUACUGGAGAGGUCCAAGAGUAACUGGGGGAACAGUAGGGCCUGGGGGCCUGUAAGGGCAGAGCUGAGCAGCUCUGCUGCAAGGCUCAGUGAGAUGGGACCAUCGGACCAAUGCUUGGCUUCUGCCCAGUGGUGUUGGUGGGCAAAUGUUUUCUCUCCACCAGCUGGCAGUUCUUGCUUGUGACAUGAGCACUGCUCUGACUUGGCUGGACAAGCAGUGGCCCAGGGGUCCAAGGUGGGUUUGUAAGGCUGGAUGCUAGUGAAACCACUGCUCCAGAGAUGGAGGGGGACCACAGCAUGCCUCUGCCCUUCUUGCUUGCUGCAAACUAACCAUGCAGCAAAGGCCCAGUAGCCCUUUGACCAAGACAUGCUGAGAGAAGAGUAGCCAUGGUGACAUCAGCCAGGCUGUGACAAAGCCUGGAACCCAGGGGCACGGACAGCUGCAGGUGGAGCCCACCACCUGUGGGCAGCCCUGCUGGCCAGGGGCUGCCCUCUCUGCCUGCAGUGCCCUAAGGUUUGUAUUGUGGUGCUGCCUAUCCCUCUCUGCUGGCACCUGUCCAGACUGCAACCUCGUAGGCUCCAAUGUCAUAGUUAUCAGCAAAAUAUUACCGGGGUGAGUUCACAGAAAACAAUAUAUCCAGCAGAAUAACAAGAAAAAUAAUGACAGAGGAGACCAGAUUCUGCAAAAAUUGCAAACGAGAUGUGUCUGCUGCCAAUUUCUCCCUCCACGAGGCCCACUGCUUGCGGUUUCUCACUCUCUGUUCAGAAUGUGACGAACUAGUUGCCAGAAAGGAUAUGAAAGACCAUCAAACAGAAGCACACAAGCAGGUCAGAUGUAAUCUUUGUUGCCAAAGCAUGCAGCAAUACCAGCUGGAGCAUCACAAGACCAAGGAAUGUCACAAACGAGCAGUGAAAUGCAAAAUCUGUGAGUUGGAAAUGCCCUUCAACAAGCUGCAGGAACACCUGAACACCUGUGCCAGCAGAACAGAGCGGUGUUGGGAGUGUAACAAAUAUGUCAUGUACAAAGACCAGAACAAACACAAAGAUAUUUGUCAGAACAGUAGUCUGUCCUAUUAUAAGGAUGUGAACUUUCAAACCAGUGAAGCGUAUACUAAUGCAAAAUUUACUGACCCCGCUGGUGCCAGUGAGAAUAUUUGUCUGAGGUGCAAUAAAUCAUUCCCAAACGACCAGAACUCCCAACAUCUGCAGAAUAAUUGCAGUGCAACCCAUAAUCUGUCUGAAGUUCCUGCUGGCCAGUCAACUUCAAAACCCAUCAGUGACUCACCACCAUCUUCUUCCUCUCUGGCUCCCUUUUUCCACUCUGCGAGUGCAACUGCAUGGAAAGACAUCUCUCCAAAAGGGAAAGAAAGGGACCAGCCAUUGACCUCCAAAACCUUGCUCAAACCUCCAAAGAACAAAAAGAUGGUUGGCAUUCUAUCUCCUACAAGAAGUGGACUUUCCACAUCACCUCAGGUUCUUAAAGACACUCAGUCUUAUGACAUGCUGGUGACCUGUGCCCACUGCAACACUCUUCUGCCACUUCCAGCCCUUCAGAAACAUGAGAUCAAAUGCCUACGUUUGAUAUCUUUGAAAAAUGUUAAGAUGAACCAAAAACAACGCAGUGGAAAAAAAGAAGACUCUUCCUAGGGUACUCAUGAUUAAAUCUGGAAAUAGAGAAACAUCUUCAGACUGAAACUUGAUCUCUGCUUUAGCGAAAGUCAUCAAAGGUGCAGUAACUUUAUCAACAAAGAAUAAAAGUGACUUGCUGCUACAGA